CACACGGAGAGACCCGAGGGCUAUCUCCCUUCUACAGACAUUUGGUAAAAUCAGGAACUUCACGUACAACUCGGGAAGAAGUUCAACCUCAGAACCUGCUAAGACAAACUAUGAAAACUUGCUAGGGUCCUUCUCCUGGCCUGAGAUCCAUCACUGCCAAAGGACUUUACGGAGUCCAAGGAUCUUUUUUUCUUUCUUUUUUCUUUUUCUUUUUGUUUCAUGUGAUUUUUUUUCAAGUCAGUUAUCCUGGAUGUUUGAAAACUGAACUAAGAAAAAUUCACUCAGAAGUUGGCUGAAUGUUGCAAGCCUGCAAAAUGGAAGGAUUUCCCUUCAUUCCCCCUCCCUCUGAAGAGCUGGUACCCUAUGAGUCAGACCUCUACCGACAGCCCCAUGACUAUUACCAAUAUCUCAACAGUGAUGGAGAGAGUCAUGAUCAUUACUGGGAAUAUCAUCCCCACCACAUGCAUGGUGACUUUGAGACCUUUGGAGACAACCACUUGACAGAACUGCAGAGUGUGCAGCCACCCCAGCUGCAGCAGCUGUACAGGCACAUGGAGAUUGAGCAGAUGCAUGUCCUGGACUCUGCAAUCCCAACCACACACAUCGGACUCAACCAUCAGGUAUCCUAUUUGCCCCGGAUGUGCCUCCAGUACUCCUCUCCACCACAGCCCAGUUCUGAUGAGGAAGACAUGGAGAGGCAGAGCCCCCCAUUGGAGGUAUCAGAUGGGGAGACUGAUGGUGUGGACCCUGGGCCUGGAAUUAUGCAUGGAGAAACAGGAACUACACACUUUUACCAAUGCUCCACUGCCUUUCACCCUGACUCUCACACAGGCAGCAAGAAAAAGAUCCGUCUGUAUCAGUUCCUUCUGGACCUGCUUCGCAGUGGAGACAUGAAGGACAGCAUCUGGUGGGUGGACAAGGAAAAAGGAACUUUCCAGUUCUCCUCCAAGCACAAAGAAGCACUGGCACAUCGCUGGGGCAUCCAGAAAGGCAACCGCAAGAAAAUGACCUACCAGAAGAUGGCCCGGGCCUUGAGAAACUAUGGCAAGACAGGGGAGGUCAAGAAAGUCAAGAAGAAGCUGACCUACCAGUUUAGUGGAGAGGUGAUGGGAAGGGGGGUCUCUGAUAGGAAGCCUUAUCCUCACUGAGGCUGUGGGACCCUAAGCAAGAAAAUAUUAGGACCUCCUGGCUGGAUACCAGCAGAGGAGAUGGACACAUCUUUCCCUUUGCUUCCUGUGCCCCCUUCUCUGCCUUUAAAGGGCUUUACCAUCAGAUGUUUCUGGUACGAAUUCCCUUCUUCAGCAUCUGAGAAUCCUAAACGUGACAGAAUUCUUUGCUUCCACCCUACAAGUUGGACAGAGUUGGGAAAUUUAAACAGUGUACAAAUAUAUUAUUGUCAGGAGAGAUUUUUUUUUUUUUUUUUUGAUUGUACCGUAACUCAAGAAUACAGAUGAUGAAGUUUUGCCUCCAAAGGUGGUGCUGUGUCCUUCACAGUGACACUGCAGUAGCUUACAGCUUUCAAACUAGCAUUAAUACAGGCUCUGCCGCAGCUCUCAGAGCUAGAGAGAAGUUUGCAGAUCUUGGAAUGAUACUCGUUCUUUUAAAUAGUAAUAACAUGUACAUAUUUAAUAAAAUUUGAUAUCAUAAGGUUCUGGUGUUUGCAUAAUAAAUGAUUACUUCACAA